ACACACACACACACACACACACACACACACACACACACACACACACACACACACACACACAUAUAAAGUGGUCCACAGAAGGGGGGCUGAAGGUGCAGAAGCCCCCAGUGAAGAGCAGGUGGUUCAGAUUACUGAGUGUUUAUGAGCUCAUUUAGCCGUGGGUGGAGGUAGGAGGAUGGGCAGUGCAGAGGUUCCAGUGGAGCGAGUAGAUGAUGAAUCUUUGGAUGGUCUCGACAGACAGGAGGACAUCGCCAGGUUCCCUUAUGUGGAGUUCACAGGCAGAGACAGCAUUACCUGUCCCACUUGUCAAGGCUCUGGUCGCAUCCCCUCAGAUCAGGUGAACGAGCUGGUGGCUUUGAUUCCUUACAGUGAUCAGAGACUGCAGCCUCAGCGGACGAAGCAGUAUGUGGGUCUAUCUGUGAUUGUUUGUUUGUUCGUUUGUUCCCUUGUGACCUUUUUCAUGUUCCCUCGGCCGGUGCUGGUGGAGGACGGAGGGAUUCGGUCUGUCAUCAUCCAUUUCGACCACGACACCAGUCGUGUGCUCAUAAACAUGACUAAUGCCCUGAAGUUUAACAACUGGAACUUCUUCACCGUGUUGGUGGACAGCGUGAGCAGUCAGGUUCUCUACAUGAAGACGGUCAUUGGCACUCAGCAGCUUGACAACAUCAUCAGAAUCCAACCACUAAGCCAGAGACAGAUGAACUUCACUGUGAAUGUGGAGAUCAGCGGGUCGCUGUCCUACGUAUAUGCUUUCUGCACCAUGGCCAGCAUUAAAGUUCAUAACAUUGUGGUGUUCACACAGACGUCUGUAAAAACUUCCUGCAUGGUUCGCAGUGCACAAAACACUUUGGAGGCAUAUCGCUACAUUGACUGCGGCGCUAACUCCACCCUGCACCACCCGCCUGACCUUCAUGGUUCUGUGCUGCCUCACUCGAGCUACACCUAUUAAACACAGUGGCAUUGUUAGAAUCACGCUUCAUGUCUUUAAGCCAGUGAUAUGAAUGUUUCUUACAGUAUCUGUCUCUUUAACUCAGUGUAGCUGAGAUGCUUAAUGCUAAUACUGAAGUCAUACUGGAUAAAAAAAUAAAGUUCAUUAAACUUUA